UCUGGCAGCAGCACGGUACCCGGAAGGGAGGUAGCAAGCAAGCAGUUGUCUACUUCAAAAAAAAAAAACGAAAAAAAAAAAAAAAAAAAACACCAACUGUUAAGUUGAUGCCAGCUGCACAUCACAUUGCAUUCGAUGUCUCGAAAAUAAGGAAGAGAAGUAACAGAAGUAUUUUUUUUACAUUUCCCUCAGUUGACUAUAAACAAGGGACACAAAGAAAGAUGACCUCUUAUUGGUAGUAUUGUAUUAAAGUCCAAAAGUGACUUGAGCAUUACUGGACCUUUUGGCUUGAAUUUUCCUUCUGGGAUUCCUCCACCAGUUAUAUGAAUUGGUCUAUCAGCUUUGCAAAUUUGGGCUAGAGAAGUGCACAGAAAAUGGAAGAGGAUGAGUGAGAAACCGCAUUCAUCACAGAAACUGAUCAAUAUGAGCAAUGCCAUGAGGACUCCAAGCUACUAAAAGUGAAUAUUUAAUGCUAUCUUCCCUGAUAUAUCGAGUACUUACCAGCUUGAAGAAAAGACCUUUGUACAAUGAGUAUUCAGCCUAGACGAAUUCGACUUAAACCUUGGCUGAUUGCCCAAGUAAACAGUGGAAAUUAUCCAGGUCUGCAAUGGAUAAGCCACGAGCAAAAACUUUUCCAGAUACCCUGGCGACAUGCAACUCGUCAUAUACCCACACCUGAGGAUGACAAUACUGUCUUCAAGGCAUGGGCUUUGGAAACAGGAAAAUACAAAGAAGGAUUUGAUGAACCAGAUCCAGCUAAAUGGAAAGCUAAUUUUCGAUGUGCACUCAAUAAGAGCAGAGAGUUCAAACUUAAGUAUGAUGGAACAAAGAAAACCCCAGUUGAACCUUUUAAAAUAUAUGAAGUUUGUGAUCAGCAUUCAAAUGAAGAUCAGUUAGAAGAUGAGGAUGCAGAUGACAUGAUCCUAGAUUUACGUGAGCUUAACAUUGAUUCAACUGUUCCUUCUUAUUUGGAAAACAAGCAAGAAAGACUCUAUCUCAACAGCAUUUCACAACCAGAACAAUUAAAUCCUGCUGCUUCCAACCUCGGUGCCAUAGAAGAUGGGUCCUUUGAAACACUUUCUACAGUACCCAUUAGCAUGCAGUAUUCAGAAAUGAUACCUGCAGAUUUCGUUCAUGGAGAGUUUGAACCUAAUAAUGCCAUUCAAGGAGCUAUAAAUCACCAGGUUGUUCAUGGUGCUAUAGAUCAUGGAGUCAUUCCUGCAAUCCCAGCACCAGAAGGCCAGCCACAAAUGUGCAUAAAUGAUCUGCUUAUCAGACCACACAUGCUGCCAUUGACCGACUUGGACAUAAAAUUCCAGUACAGAGGAAGGCAAGCUGGAUCUUUGACUGUUAGCAACCCUCAGGGCUGCCGACUGUAUUAUGGGAACUUGGAGCCCACACCUGAUCAAGUUGAUUUGUUUGGACCAGUAACUCUGCAGCAAGUUCUAUUUCCAGACCCUGCAGAGAUUCCCAAUCAAAAACAAAUGUAUUAUACUAAUCAACUUCUGGAUGUUAUGGACCGUGGACUCAUUCUUGAGAUACAUGGACAGGACAUCUAUGCCAUCCGUCUGUGCCAAUGCAAAGUAUAUUGGUCUGGACCUGGUGUUUUUGAACAGUCUGGACCGAAUCCUAUAGAAAGAGAAAAAAAGAUCAAAAUCUUUAGUUUGAACAGCUUCUUACAAGAACUUAUUUUGUACCAGAAAGGGGAGACGAAUGCACCUCCUCCUUUUGAAAUUUAUUUCUGUUUUGGAGAAGUCUGGCCUGACAGGAAGCCAAAAGAAAAAAAGCUCAUCAUUGUUCAGGUCGUUCCAGUUGUGGCACGGAUUCUUACCGAGAUGUUUUCUGGUGAACUGUCUUGGUCAACUGAUAGCAUCCGUCUGCAGAUCUCAAAUCCUGACUUAAAAGAUCAGACUGUGGAACAGUUCAAAGAGCUGCACCGAUUGUGGCAGCACCAUCAACCCCAGGGACAAUGGGGAAUGCAGCCGGCCACAAUGCACUGAAAAGGCCAAAGAUGCACUUGGAACAGCAGCCAAUAGAAAGAGAGGCCGGAGCUUUAGAACACGUCAAGCAACCUCCGCCGCACUCCCGCCCGGCAACGAUUAAGAUUUUCAUCAUCUGGAAAGGGAGUCUGUGUGGGAUAAAGCCAUUUUGAUAAUUCCUGAGGAGACACAUUUUAUUUUGCUAAUAUUGUUCAACGUUUAAUGUGCUAAGAACAGUGGACUUGGUACAUGCAUGUGAAUGUAAAUUAUUUUAUUUUUCAUCUGCUUUAAUACAUAAAAUAUUAUUUGAAA